GGAGAUAGGGUCAUUUUCCCCAGGACUCCCUCCAAGCAUUAUAAUGCCUGAUGGACUCGUGGGCGAGUUCCGGGCCGCUUAACGAUGGUCGACGAUGCUCUUCUCGACAAAGUCCAUGCCCUGAGCGAUCUUGAGCUGGCAGUGCUGCUGUGUCUCAUCAGCCGCGAGCACUGUCUAGUUAGUACGGCGCCAGAUGCAAUCGACGACCUGUUACAGGAGCUACAACUGGUAGCGACCAAGACAUUUGGCCUCAGCUGGGUCGUCAUCGACUGCAACUCUUCCACCACCCUCGAGGACUUCGCCGCCGCCCUCCUCAUCCCACCCCAGCAGCCUUCCUCCAACAGCCGCUCUGACUCUCCUUUCCGCCGCAACCGCGCAGACUCGUAUUUCGUCUCGCGACCUUCAUCGAAUCCUUCCGCGCCGCUCUCUCCGUCAAUCCCCGCGCCCUCCUCGUCGCAGAUCGCCAACAUCGUCUUCGCCAAGAACCUUGAUCGCGCGCCGCAGGCCGUGCAGAUCCAAGCCCUCGAACUGCUGCGCACCCGCCGCAUCUUUACUCGCACGUCGGUCCAGACUGCGCCGAAGCAGUUCGUCUUCAUUCCGGUGCUGGAGGCUGCGAGCGGAGGCGAGGCGCACGUCACAGCGCACUUAAACGACUUCUUAUACAUCGCUUACUGGCAUAACCCGGAGGAUGGAUUCGUCAACCUCGAGGAACAUGAUGUUGGGGAUGGAGCCGAUACUGCAUCGACCGGUAGCGUUGUGAAGCGAGGAACUGGCGAGGCUUCUUCAUCAUCGCCUCCUUUGAUUUUGGAAACAGAGAUCAGCCACCUAGGCAGGCUGAGCCAACAAGCUCAAGUCGACAUCGAAAUUGUCCGCUACCAGAUGAACAUCAUCUCCUUCCUCCGAAUGCACCGAGCCGUGGCCGGAGGCAUCACACCCACAGCCACAAAACACUUCACCCAGCUCAUGCGCUGCCUCGCACCCUUGCACGGGCUCGACUACGUUACGCCAGCUCUUUUGGGACUCGCCGCCAGCAAGGUCUACCUGCACCGCAUCCAGCUCACUCCACCUGAAAAGGAGAGGAGCAUGCAAUGGGGCAGUCGAGUCGAGGCAGUCGAAGCAUUACUCGAGGAUAUUGGACCGGAAGAUAUAGUCGAAGAUGUCUUGGGUAUGGUGACCGCGCCGCUCUAG